GCCAGAGUGAAGUAAGCCCACUAGCGCCCGUGGACGUGGUUGACUAUCUCGGACACGCGGGGUUUCGCCAUUGCAUAUACCACAACGGAACAGGAUGAGCGCCUGGGCCCUCAUGGCGGUUAUCGCCCUGGCUGCGACUGGGCUGGUAAGUGGUGGUUAUCACGAGAAGCGGCUGCUAAACGACCUGCUGGACUCGUACAACGUGCUGGAGCGUCCCGUGGGCAAUGAGUCCGAGCCUCUUGUAUUGAGCUUCGGGCUUACGCUUAUGCAAAUAAUCGACGUUGACGAAAAGAAUCAGCUGCUCAUCACGAAUCUCUGGUUGAAAUUGGAAUGGAUCGACGUGAACAUGUGCUGGAACACCUCGGAAUACGGAGAAGUGAGCGAUCUCAGGAUACCGCCUCACAGACUCUGGAAACCAGAUGUUCUCAUGUACAACAGCGCCGACGAAGGAUUCGACGGCACUUAUCCAACGAACGUCGUCGUCAAGAACAAUGGAACCUGCUUAUACGUGCCACCCGGUAUAUUCAAGAGCACUUGCAAGAUAGACAUCACCUGGUUCCCCUUUGACGAUCAGCGCUGCGAGAUGAAAUUCGGUUCCUGGACCUAUAAUGGCUUUCAGUUGGAUCUGCAAUUACAGGACGAUGCUGGUGGUGAUAUAACUAGUUUCAUAACGAACGGGGAAUGGGAUCUUUUGGGUGUGCCUGGCAAGAGGAACGAGAUUUAUUAUAAUUGCUGCCCGGAACCGUAUAUCGACAUAACAUUUGUGGUUAUAAUUAGACGUCGUACACUUUAUUACUUCUUUAAUCUGAUUGUACCCUGCGUCCUGAUCGCGAGUAUGGCUGUUCUGGGUUUUACACUACCACCUGAUUCCGGCGAGAAAUUAUCACUUGGUGUAACCAUUCUGCUCUCUUUGACGGUGUUCUUGAAUAUGGUGGCUGAAACAAUGCCAGCGACGUCGGAUGCUGUGCCGUUACUAGGAACUUAUUUCAACUGUAUAAUGUUUAUGGUGGCCAGCAGUGUGGUCAGUACUAUUCUCAUAUUAAAUUAUCAUCAUCGGAAUGCAGACACCCACGAAAUGUCUGAAUGGGUAAGGGUUGUUUUCCUAUAUUGGCUGCCCUGCAUGUUAGGCAUGUCGAGACCGAUUGAGAAAGAGGAGAAGGAUGCUCAAAAAUCUCAAAAACCUUCUCCUGUUACCGGUACCAGCAAGGCAUACGGCGACCUGGAACUUCAUCAGCGUAGUAGCAAGUCUUUACUAGCGAACGUGUUAGAUCUGGAGGACAACGCAUUGGCCUCCCACAAUAAUUUACUGAACAAUGUCUAUAGUACACCAGGGCCGCAUCACCAUACAAUGGGCCAUGGGCAUAGUCAUAUCCACACGACGCCCCAUCAUCACCAUAGCCACGCAGCGACAACGCCGCAUCAUCAACAUUCUACGCCGUUGCCUCACUCUUCCUAUCCCGGUCAUCAAGUUGGUCAUACUCCGCAUCACCAUCAACAUCCUCCGGAGGCAGCUGCGCCCCAGGUUGAGACUAUUUUGCAGAGCGCCUGUUUCUGUGCCAGAUACGAGCUCAUACUUAUACUCAAGGAGAUCAAGAUAAUCACCGACAAACUGAAGAACGACGACCUGGACACAAAGGUGACAAAUGACUGGAAAUUUGCGGCGAUGGUGAUCGACAGGAUGUGCCUAAUCAUUUUUACUCUGUUCACCAUCAUCGCAACUAUCACCGUCCUACUCUCAGCGCCGCAUAUAAUCGUCACGUGAUUUGUAAAGUUUAAUUUACGUAGUGUGCACGUGGUCACGUGUCGUCAUCACGCGAGCGAGGACGAAGUGAUGAUGGGGAUGAUUAGAGAAUUCGUAAGAGGGGGAAUGAGAGAUGGGAGAAUCGGAAAGAAGAAAAGAAAACGGAAGAGUCGAUGCAUAUAAUGGAAGAGGAUCAUGGAAUUUUCAAAUUUUCCUACUUUCGACAAUGCAAAAGUGUUUUACUGCUGUCAGUCCGUGAGAAAAUAUGAGAACAAACUAGAAGCAGAAAAGUGGGAUUAGAAAUUGAAGCAAUACGUAUGCACUUCGUCUCACGAGAUUUUCAUUCAAUAGGCAAAAAAGAAAUGAUAAAAUACUAUGAAAACGCUUUAGCAAUAUGUAUUUAAAGAACCGAAAUGAACGUAGUAGUGUUAUACCUACAGGCAGAUGACACACUGUCGUCCUGUGGACACGUUGCUGCGGUUUUGUGGUUAGGGUUGCAUGCGUGCAUUUCUUGCAUAACCUACCAGAUGCAAUAUUUUAAAUGCAUGUAACUCAAUUGACGCAUUAAAUCCGCAGCUUCGUACCACACGCAGAUGCGUGACACGCGUGACGUAUCGUAUACGUAUAUGUGUAUCAUAGUGUAUAUCAUCAGGACUAUGCUAUAUUUGGCGAUUUGAAAAAUUCUCUAUUAUAAAAUUAAGUGUUGUAACAGUGUACGGGAGAUUGGUUCGAUGAUUGAACAGCAUUCGCGCUAUGUAUAAUUAUUGAAUUUAUAUUUAAAAAUUUCGUAUAUUGUCUAUAUAAUUACACGGAAUACUAUUUCUACCUCAUUUAAAAAGUGCAGCCAUUUUUAUGCUAAAUAAUCUUGAAAUUUUCCAACAUCCAAUGUAUCCCGUGCAUGUAUACGUUACGAUACACUUGCGUGUUAGUAUUAAAUAGGGAGUAGGAGGUGUCCGAAGAAUUUCUUACUAAAGAAUUGAUUUUUUGCAAGCUAUUACGCGAGAUGAGAAUCUCUGGCUAUUUGCGCGAGUGUGUGCCUGUGUGUGCGUUCGAGCGCGUGCGUGCGUAUUUGUGUGUGCUUGUGAGUUAUAUGUUUGCAUCUUCUUUUAAUUUCAUAGUUACCGAAAGUGUUUUUGCUUUUAUUUUUAUAUUCUGUUCUUUUUGGUUGUUUUUUUUUUUUGGGUUCUUUAUACGCUGGUUAUCCAUUCCUUUUUUGACUCGCUUUCUUCGAUCGCACACGUGUAUAGAAUAACAACGGAGCUCUGUUGAUUUUGCGUAAUUGGGGGGCAGAAUCAUUUUACCCAUAUGAAAUGAGAGAGCAGCAACAGCAGAAGGAAAUCUGGAAAAACGGAAAAUAAUUAACGAUAAUUAAUUAAUUAAUUAUAUUAAAUAUAUAUAUGCAAAGCGCACACAUUAUACUCUCAAUGACACAAUGAACUGCCAAGGUGAUUCAAAUGCCAGUGAAUUUUAUUAUCCGUAUCACUAGUAUGUACGUAAAUGAAAGACACAGGACUUAUUGACCGCGAAUUAAAGAUGAAGGUGUCGAUGAUAUUGAGAUGCUGGACGAAGAUAGAAUGAGGAAGAAAUGUAAAAACAGGAAACCGGAAUGAAAAUAAAUUACACUACAUACACGUGGAUAGACGUACAAUUGUACACAUACAUACACGCAGACAUAUUCAUACGAAAAAUAUAUACAUAAUGCGGUUAUAUAGGGUGGCGUGGACUUCAUAAUUUUUUUUAUUGGUUUCUUGGUUUUUAAUAAGAAAAUUUAAACAAUCGGAGCACCGAUUAUAGUUGGCUCGCGGGUAUUUUGGGCCUUAGUAACUCUCGUUGACUGAGAAAAGUUUUAUGCCAAUAUUUCUAAUUGUUACGGCGGAGGGAAUUUUUUAAAGAAUUUCAAAGUAUUUUUUUCCCCCCUUAACCCUUAAAGUGUGUGGUGGAGUAUCGGACACACCAACAUGCACGUUUUUGUUCGAAUAACGAUAAAUGUUGGGGCAAUCAUUUCAUCGUUCUACAUAUCUGUCGCUUCUGUUGCUGUUUUCGUCUGUUCAUUUCGCGUUUCUAAGGAUUUAUAUUAAUUUUACUAUGUGUAUUUAUAUAAUCGUCCCAUAAUUUAUAGUUUAAAUGUUUUCUUUAUUUCUUUUUUUUUGGGUUCGGAGAACCCCGCCACACAUUUUACGUAAUUAUUUUUACCACACUGGCGAAGGGUUAAGUAAUUUUACAAUUCACGCUACUUGUUUAGAUUAAUGGGUCACUUCUCUGUCUUUUUAAACUUUUAAAUAAAGAAUACAAAUGUAGAAAUUCGUUCAUUUACUUGUAAACGAAAUUUCAUUCAAUAUCUAUUUUUGGCCAUUUUGGUUUUACAAAGAAUGCAAUUUCAGAAUAAUUUUUGACGUUGUACUAAUUUCGACAAAUUUAUGCUAUAUUACAAAUUAAAAGCAAGGAUUUGUUCGAAUUUCGUAAGCGAACAGAUUAUCAGGACUGUUGAAAAUUCAAAACUAGUUUGAAGACAGGGAGGUUAUCCAAGAAAUUUUGAAUUUCAAGUACGUUUGGCCAUCGGCAAUGACGCGACAACCAAUCACGUUAUCUCUUAAAUAAAAUAUUAAAAGUUAUACCUUAAUGUUUAAAAUGAAAAAAAAAAAAAAGAAAAAUAAUAAGUCUUAUGAAAGACAGAAGUUAAAAAUUUGAGGAGUGCUAAAAAGGAAGUAGAGAGGAAAUGAAAAAUAUUUAAUAAAAGCUAUUAAUAAUAUCAAUAGUAGUAUUAGACGGAAGGUAUAAUGAGGGUGAAAAUAAAGCUGAAGAAGGCAAGGAAAUAUUGCGAAUUAACGUUGUUGAUGAUAAAAUGUUACAAAUAAAAAAAUAAACGAUAAAAAACGUAGAAGUGUGCGUUUUAAACGGUUGUAAGAUAUAAAAUGUGAAAGUUACAAUAAUUUCGGAAAAAGUUUUAGAUUGUUGCGCAACAAAGGCAGAUAGUAAGAGAGUGAAGUAAAAAGUUAAGAAUGAGAAUAGCCAUGUGGAAAAAUACAACUGGGGUCGUGCUCUGGUCAAAAGCAUUUCACUUACGUCAGUUUGCAAUUCAGUGUAUGAAAUUUUGAUGUCAACAGUGAGGGCUACGUUUUGCAAGUGUAACUAAUUGUGUCUACUGAAGGACAUAUUGAAAAUGUGGAAACACGGAUAUUUUUUUGUCAUAAAUUUGGAACUUUAAACGUUUGAUUCCUUAAAAUUCUAUAAAUUAUCGAAAACUUUUUCUUCGUUUUGUAUACACUAGCAUUGUCGAUGGUCUUCGAAUCUCUGAUCUAAUAACUGUGAAGGGAGUAGUAGAAGGGCAGCUCUUCUACGUUUCUUCUCGUUUUGCGAACGGAGGGUGUGCAUGAGAAAUGGAAUUAGUAAAUUUAUUAUUUAUAGAAGCCUUACCGUUAGGAACGUACACAUUGCGAAACAAAGCAGAUAUUAUUCUUGUACGGAAUCUAAAAUAGUAAAGUACGAAAACGGAACGGUUCUCUUAAAUCAAAACGAAUGAUAUAAAACAAUGAAAUUUGAAAUUCUAUUCGUAUCAGAAAAUUCGUAAAAAAAUGUAAUUUACUUCAAUGCAUUUAUUAUAUAGCUUUUCUCAUAUCAGACAAACGAGUCACAUUGGUGUCAAAAUUCGGAUAACCAGACGUUCGCUCGACAUAACCAAUCAACGAUUUGGUUUUCUAAGUAUUUUGACUAUUACGAGUCGUCUAAUAAAUCUAGGAAGUUCGCUUGUAAAACUUCCUUAUAUUCCGUACGGUAAUGAGUAAUCAAUGGAAGUUAUUGACUUCUUCGUGCGUGUUUUUCUUUGACAAAUUAUUCAACGAUCCCUAAUCGGUGGACUUCUAAACGCAUGAGUGCACAUGUGGUCGCGACUGAGUAUUUUCACGAGUUAUAAUCCUUUGCGAGACUCGUAGUAAUUUUUCUUGCAGCGGCAAAGACGUUUUAUUUCUUUUUCGCCAUUAUUGUUGAGGAGAAUUUACAAGACUUUGCGACCAGAAAAUAAAUAUACAUACAGACCGUCCGAAAAGUCCCGUAUGAGAAUUCAGAAGUCAAUGGUACAUAUAAAAUUGAAAAAUUUUAAUCGGUUUUAAAGAAAGUUGCAAUUAAAUACUGAAAAUUUCCACCAAUCAAAUAAAAAUGAGGAAAUGCUAUGCCAAUUCGAUGCUGUAAUAAUUUUUGUCGAUCAGCUAACGCUCUUGAUUGGUGAAAAUUUUCAAUUUUUAAUUUCAAUUUCAAUCAAUAAAAAUGUUUUAAUUAUGCAAAUACCGCUUUCUUCAGAAUUUUACGACGACUCCAGUGGUAUAUGUAUAUCUGAUAUCGAACUUUUCGUACACCCUGUAUAUAGGAGCUUCUUUAAUUUCGUACAACUGGCUGUCAUUGAGUAUGAGAAGGAAAAGUGUUGUUGGUAGGACAAAAAGAAAUACCGAGGAAGGUAACGGAAUGGGAGGCAAUAAAUGAGAUGGAUUAAAAAAGUUUCUGAAUUAAAAAAAUCGAACUAUAAAACAUGUACCGCUAAACAUAAUCUAUACAUAUUUAAACUAUCGAAUGCUAAAUAAAUAACAAUGAGAAUCGUAUGCGUAUUGUUAAAUGCAAAAGGCGAAACGUGAAAUAAUGAAUGAGAAGGAGAAAUAAUCGACAUAAGGCGAAAAAAAUACGACAAACUCGUUAACUCGAUGAUCAAUAAUCAAUAAUCGAGUACUCAAAUGAGAAAUGAAAAAAAAAAGUGCUAGCAUAUAUCCGAUACUAGCGGCGUAGGUAGCGUUAAUAAUUAAACUUUGACAGUAAUUCCUAGGAGGUGGUUUUACGGUAGAUGAUUUAGGUAGAGUUUAGGGUCGAACUUUAUCCAGGUCACUUUCUCUCUAAACCAAAGAAUACCAAAUGGUGAGGAUGCUAAUGUUGACAUUUUUUGAAAAUAUCCCCUAAAGUUGGAAAUUUUCUAAAAAGGCUAUUCGAGUGAAUGAUGGAAAGGGUUUGUCGAAGGUAUUUGGAAAAUAAUUGCAAGUGAUAUCAACAAUAAUAACGAUAACGAAAUGAUAAAAAGGAAAAUUUUUUUU